GUCUGCCUUUUCUGAAAUCGACAAUGAUCCCUUUGGUUUUUCCAGGGUUUAAAACUAGGCUGUUCUCCUUAAGCCCAGUUUACCAAACCCUCAACCUCCUUGUGGCGAGCCCCCUCAUUGUCGUCACGAAUAAGGCCCACUGUUGUUGUAUCGUCCGCCAACUUCACAAUACGGCAAACCUAGCCCAACAGUCCUGGGUCGACAGGGUGAACAGCCAAGAGAAGGCCGGACGGACCAUUCCUCGCUUUUGCAUUUAAACAAACGGGGCGCUCCAAUCGCGUCAUCUCACCCGUGUUGUCCAUACCUUCCCAAACUGCAUGCAAAAGGACACACACGCACACACACACACACACAGACGAGGAAAUUAGUUAAUCACCCCCAAAAGAAAAAGGGAUUAGGCAGCAGCUAACGAAUCCGAGAGCGGAAACCGAGGAUCCAGUGGAAAACUCCGGGACAGAGACCACACUCAACAGCUGCUAGCCCUACAAAUCCCCCACGUGUCCCCCCUACACACACACACACACACACACUCUGCAGGUUGGGGGGGGGCAGCCCAGAGAAUCCACUCUCUGUCUGUUCCGCACAGGGACUCUAUCUAAGGCUGCUGUCAUCCACGGUGCAGGGUUUACACCCCACCACCUCUCGCCCACUCCCAUGUUUGCUAGUUCUUCCCGGGGGGGUCCGGCUCCCAAGAGCCGGGGGGCUACCGGAGGAGGGGGCAAAUACAGCCUGGAGGAGCUCUACGGCCUGAACAAAAAGAGCAAGACGCGUGGGGGGGACGGCGUCCAGCGACGAAGCCCCAAGAGGCAGGGGCUGCCUCUGGGCUCGGACGGGGAAGCCCCGUUUUCUCCCCAGGGACUGGAGGCCACCAGGUGUUGCCUGGAGAAGCGUCGGAUGGAGAGCUACCUUAUGGAGGCCGGGAUGACGGUGGAGGAAGCCGAGAGGAGCCAGACCAGCAUGAGACACAGGAAUCUUGGGAAGUCGGGUCUGCGAGUCUCUUGUCUCGGGCUCGGUACCUGGGUGACAUUUGGGUCCCAGAUCUCAGAUGAGGUGGCCGAGAGCGUGCUCACCAUCGCUUACGAAAACGGGGUCAACCUCUUUGACACGGCCGAAGUCUACGCCUCUGGCAAAGCGGAAAAAACCUUGGGGAAUAUCUUGAAAAGGAAAGCGUGGAGGCGUUCCAGCUACGUGGUCACCACCAAGAUUUACUGGGGAGGCCAGGCUGAGACCGAAAGAGGCUUAUCCCGGAAGCACAUCAUUGAGGGGCUAAAAGGGUCCCUGCAGAGGCUUCAGCUGGGAUACGUCGACAUCCUCUUCGCUAACCGGAUGGAUGCUAACAGCCCCAUGGAAGAGAGUGACCUAAACUUCCGGGUUUUCCUGCUGGAAGAGAUCGUCCGAGCCAUGACGUACGUCAUCAACCAAGGCAUGGCCAUGUACUGGGGCACUUCUCGAUGGAGCGCCAUGGAGAUUAUGGAAGCCUACUCGGUAGCCCGCCAGUUCAACCUCAUCCCUCCCGUGUGCGAACAAGCGGAGUAUCACAUGUUCCAGAGGGAAAAGGUGGAGACGCAGCUUCCGGAAUUGUAUCACAAGAUCGGAGUAGGCGCCAUAACUUGGUCUCCGCUGGCCUGUGGACUCAUCACGGGGAAAUAUGAGGAGCAAGUGCCGGAAAACUGCCGGGCUUCCAUGAAGGGCUACCACUGGCUGAAGGAGAAGCUGCAGAGCGAAGACGGCAAGAAGCAGCAAAGCAAGGUGAAAGCGCUCCAGCCCAUCGCCAAACGCCUGGGCUGCACGGUGGCGCAGCUGGCCAUUGCCUGGUGUCUCCGCUCGGAAGGGGUCAGUUCUGUGCUCUUGGGGGUCUCCAGCACCGAGCAGCUGAUUGAGAACCUGGGAUCUAUUCAGGUCCUAACCCAGCUGACCCCUCAAAUCAUCCAGGAAAUGGACGCGAUCCUGGGGAACAAACCCAACGCCAAGAAGGAGUCCCGGGCGUAGGGCUGGCCGCGCCCGGCCCCACCUGCUCCUCCGAGGACCCCCGUUCCCCCCCAUCCCACCCCGCCCGCCUCCCACCAGCUGCUGCCUUCUACAGGGCGGGGGUGGGCCAAGAGGCGCCGCUGCUUUUGCGCAUGAACCAAAUAUCCAUAUUCUUCCAAGGCAGGUUGACGCGGAUGGCUUCGCCCUGCCCCGUGGCAGCUGCUUGAGUCUUGAGUUCAAAUCUACGGCAUGAGCAAUCGUGCUUGGCGGGGGAGGCCCGCUGCCUUGGGCCUAGCUGGGCUGCUGCACCCCCUUUCCGUAUGGUGUAUGGGGGGGGGAGACUGGCUCUCUCCAGAGGGACAGACAGUUGUUGGAAGUGUGUGUGUGGGGGGGGACAACCUAGAGAAAUAAGCACAAUCUCGGUCUAAGAGUACCUCAGUUUGUCUGGAUUUAAGACAGUGGUUCUCAACCUGUGGGUCGGGACCCCAUUUGGGGUCGAACGACCAUUUCACGGAGGUCGCCAAACAAGGCUGUCCGCCAUUUUUCCCCCCUUUUCUUUGGCCACACCCCUGGCACCCGGUGAUGUAUAAGUGGUUGGGGGUCACCACAACAUGGGGAACUGUAUUAUGGGGUCGCGGCAUUAGAAAGGUUGAGAACCACUGGUGUAAGAUAACCUCGAUUUAACCCUUGUGGGGGUCCCCUGCACCCCGUUUCUCCCUGGAUUGCUUUUGCCUUGGAGGCCGUGGCACGUGGCGAUCCGUUUUCUCCAAUCUGUGUUUCCUUUCUGGACAUGCUGUGGGGGGGGGGAGACAGGGACCCGAAGGUUUUAGGCCCAAUGCACGUCUGAAAGGCGGCCAGGUUCGGGAAUUUCAGGUCACGGAAGCACAAUCGCAAUAUGGUCCCACGUUUUCCGGGAUUAAACACCAGCAUUAUCGUCCGAAUCCACCGAGAGGCAUUGCCGAAGGGCCAGGCUGGCCUAAAUCAGGAGCCACGUGGGAAAACAGCACCCACAGUGGAAGAAAAACACAUGUGCACACACACACACAGACACACACUCCAGUUUAAUUCUUCCGAGUUUGCCUUUCUCUUUUCGGUUCUUCCCGGUUCUUCCUUCAAUGGCUCCCCAAAAAAUAAUCUGUCCAGCAGAUCCUUUUCGUUCUACUGUGACACCUGCCAGGUCAAGAUGCUGGCUGCGAUCUUGUCACAGAAAUACAAUAUUUGCAGCGUUGACACCCAGCACGUGUGUUAGGAUGUGUAUGAAAGAAGGGGCGGUCCUGAGCUCGUAGGAUGGCGGCCGCCAUCUUGCCUUUUUUGACACCCCCCCCCCGCCGUCCCCUACCCUCGAUUUCUCAAGAAGCAACCGGGCAGGUGGGCUGACCUGCCUGGAUCGCUCGUCUGGGUCGGUCCCCGCUUGCUGGCUGGCUGCGGCCGAUGGCAGAAGUGGAAGCAGGGUCCAGCCUGGUAAGGGUUGGGAUGGGAGACCACCAGGAGUCCCGGCGACUAGAUUAGGGAAGGGGAAAGCCAUCCCAGAAGAAAAGGGCAACUUACUUCUGGUGUGGUGGCCGGGAACACAGAGUCCAGGACUUGAGGGAUGUGGCCGGGUUUGGAAAAACCGCGGCUGUAGAGCUGGUCCUGCAGCAGUGAUUAGUUGAGAGGGAAGAGAAUCCGUUCUCCCCUCCCCCUGGGAUGCUCCCCAAAGGCUCCUAGGGGUCAGGACUCGAAAUGGGGGUGACCCCAGCUCUGGUUCUCAGCUCCUCAGUCUUCCUUCCUUCCCUUCUUCCUCCCUCUUUGCUCCUUCUCUUUCUCCUUCCUUCCCUUCUUCCUUCCUCCCUCCCUCCCUUUCUUUCUUUUUCUUUCUUUCUUCCUCU